UUUGGCAACACACUGCUGCUGCUGCUGCUGCUGUCACCAUCAGGUGUCUUGACCUACAGACUCAAUUAAGAUCAAACCCUGGAAGAGGACUCUGCCUGAUGCUCAGGAGAUGGGACUUAACUAACUGAAUGAAGAAUCUUUCCUUUUCCUUAUUUGCACUUUUUCUGAAUUCCCUCACUGCCAGGAGAGCUUUGUAGAGCUGAACACGUUGGAGAGCUAAGUCAGCAACAUUGGAAGUCAUGGUCCCCUCACUGCACUGGCUGCUGUUACUGUGGGGGCUUCAAGGUCUUUGCGCACAGGAAUAUGAAGAAGACUAUGAGGAAGAAGUGGUGACCACCAAGAAGAAGAGCAAAGUAAAUCCAUCCAAUUCCAUUCCGCAGAAUGGCAAAUCACUCAUAGAUGAAGAUUGCAGUUUGGAGUUAGCCUUUCUGAUCGACAGCUCAGAGAGCGCCAAGGACAACCAUGCGCAGGAGAAACGCUUCGCCUCAGACGUGAUGCAGCGGCUGCAGAACCUGCAGCUGCAGACCGGUCGGGGCCUCAGCUCCCGGGCAGCACUCCUUCAGUACAGCAGCCAUGUCAUCAUAGAGCAGACCUUCAAACAGUGGAGGGGCAUUGACGACUUCAAGGCCCGAAUAGCUCCCAUCGCGUACAUCGGUCACGGCACCUACACCACCUACGCCAUCACUAACCUCACCCGUAUUUACCUGGAGGAGUCGAGUCCCAGCAGCAUCAAGGUGGCCGUGCUGCUCUUCGACGGCAUCUCGCACCCCAGGAACCCAGACAUAUAUUCAGCCGUGCUUGAUGCCAAGAACCAGGGCGUCCGCUUCUUCACCAUCGGCAUCACACCUGAAGCCAAUGAGCAGGCCAACAUAGCUCAGCUGCGGCUAAUUGCUAACUCCCCCGCCUCGCGCUACCUUCACAACCUGCAGGAUAGAGGCAUUGUGGAUAAAUUCAUCAAAGAGAUUACGGCUCUGGCAGAUGAAGGGUGUCCCCUGGCCCAGAGCAAGUGUGCUUGUGACAAGGGUGAAAGGGGACCCAACGGCGCUCCUGGUAAGAAGGGUCGUCCUGGAGAAGAUGGAACCCCCGGCUCAAAAGGGCUGAAGGGUGAGGGUGGGCUCAGUGGACUGCCGGGUCGGGAAGGAUCAGAGGGAAAAUCGGGAUACAAAGGAGAGAAGGGAGAGAGAGGGGAGUGUGGCACACCUGGAAUUAAGGGAGACAGAGGUCCUGAAGGUAACAUUGGCCCAAGAGGAAAUCGUGGACUUCAGGGAACGCUUGGUCCACCUGGCGAUGUCGGACCUGAAGGGACAAUGGGUAGAAAAGGGGAAAGGGGACUAUCUGGGCCACCUGGAAUCCAAGGGGAAACAGGGAUCGGCCUUCCGGGACCCAAGGGUGAUGUCGGUUACCACGGGCCAACAGGGCCACCUGGUCCUCCGGGACUUGGCGAGUCUGGACCAUCGGGACCUCAAGGGCCGCAGGGAGUCCAAGGAGAGAGAGGACAGAUUGGGGAAGGUCUCCCUGGAUCAAAGGGAGAGCGAGGCUUGGAUGGGCCGCGGGGGCUCAGAGGACAGCCGGGCGCUGGAAUCAAAGGAGACAAGGGGGAUUUUGGCCCUCCAGGUUUUCCAGGGCCGCUCGGCCUCCCAGGAGCCGGCAUCCAGGGCGAGAAGGGCGUGGAAGGACCAAGGGGGCCGCCGGGGAGCAGAGGCUCCACAGGGGAGGGCUUCCCUGGAUCCAAGGGGGACCAAGGAUUGCCGGGCGAGGUCGGCGCCUCAGGAGAGAGAGGGGCGGGCGACGCUGGAGCUAAGGGUGAGCCCGGGUCAACGGGAAUGUCUGGUUUGCCGGGUCUGCCAGGGGAGGACGGAGCCCCUGGACAGAAGGGUGAGCCGGGACCUUUAGGUCUCAGGGGGUUAGAGGGGGCAGCUGGAAUUGGCACCCAGGGUGAAAAGGGCGACCAAGGUCAAAGAGGAAUCCGGGGCUUGAGUGGUCCACCUGGCAUCGCUGGACCCUCAGGACCAAAGGGAGAACCGGGGUCUCAAGGCAGGGGGGGUUUCCCUGGUCCACCGGGCCGCUUCGUCGCCGGGCCCAAGGGGGAUUUUGGCCCGAAUGGUCCUCCGGGUCCAAUUGGGGAGACUGGAUACGGACUUCCUGGUCCAAAGGGCGACCGUGGAGACUCAGGCCCUGCAGGUCCAUUCGGUCCCAAAGGAGACGGCUACCCCGGCCCUAUGGGCCCUUCUGGUCUGCCUGGACUUCCAGGAGAAGCUGGACAGGAAGGACUGGGCAUCCCUGGACCAAAGGGGGAUGUUGGUUUCCGAGGGUUGCCUGGUUUACCAGGAUCUCCAGGCGAAGGCCUCCAAGGAUCUCUGGGUAACCCUGGGCGGCCUGGGCCAGCAGGGCCAACAGGGCCACAAGGACAAGGAGUUCAGGGACCAAAGGGUGAACACGGGUCCCAGGGUGUGACAGGACCACGGGGGGUCCCUGGAGAAGGCUUUCCUGGAGCUAAAGGCGACCGCGGCUCGGGAGGAGAGAGGGGGCUGAAGGGAAUCAAAGGAGAGUUCGGAGACCCUGGAACCCCGGGGCAAGCUGGCGUAUCUGGUGUCAAAGGUGAAGCAGGCCUCACUAGAGAGGACAUCAUUCGGAUGAUCAAAGAGAUCUGUGGAUGUGGGAUCAAGUGUAAGGAGAGGCCCAUGGAGCUGGUGUUUGUCAUUGACAGCUCAGAGAGCGUGGGCCCAGAUAAUUUUGAGAUCAUCAAGGACUUUGUGAACGCGCUGGUGGACCGAGUCACAGUGGGCCGCAACGCCACCAGGAUAGGCCUGGUGCUGUACAGCCUGGAGGUGAAGCUGGUGUUCAACUUGGCCCGCUACGUCACCAAACAGGACAUCAAGCAGGCCAUCAGGAACAUCCCAUACAUGGGAGAGGGCACCUAUACGGGCACAGCCAUCCGUAAAGCCACCCAGGAGGCCUUCUACAGCUCACGACUGGGAGUCAGCAAAGUGGCCAUCGUGAUCACUGACGGGCAGACGGACAAGCGAGAGCCGGUGAAGCUGGAUAUAGCUGUACGAGAGGCCCAUGCUGCCAAUAUUGAGAUGUUUGCUCUGGGGAUCGUGAACACCUCCGACCCAACACAGGCUGAGUUCAUGAGAGAGCUCAAUCUGAUCGCCUCUGAACCAGACAGCGAGCACAUGUUCCUCAUCGAUGACUUCAACACCCUGCCAGCACUGGAAUCCAAGUUAGUCAGCCAGUUCUGUGAGGACGAGAAUGGAGCCCUGAUAUAUAACAGAAUAACUAACGGCUACAACGGCUAUGGAAACAACGGCAACAGGAAUGGCAACAAUGGGAACUAUGCCAAUGGAGGCUACGCGUUCCGGCCCGUGACUGAGCAGCAAGUACUGAGCGGCCGUAACACUGGCACCAACACUGGCACCAACACUGGCACCAACACUGGCACCAACAGUGGAGCCAGCACUGGCACCAGCACUGGCACCAACACUGGCACCAACACUGGCACCAACACUGGAGCCAGCACUGGCACCAACACUGGAGCCAGCACUCACAACCUUGGAGGCCGGGUAGAGACCACUAAGCAAGGCAGCAAAGUCUCCAGCACAGGACAAGGAGGAGGAGGGCAGCAUGUGUUCACUGGGACACACGUGGGAAGCGAGCGCGGGGACACAUUUAACCGCAACACCGCAGACAGAGUGGACUCCUCCAGUACACGAGGCUCCUCCUCAUCUUCAUCAUCUUCUUCUACUUCUACAAGAGUUAUCACAUCAUCCUCAGGUGUAUCCAUACAACAUGUGCCUGCACUAAAGCCAGCACUUCCCAAAGAGAUUGUACCCUUGGACCCUCGCUGUGGCCUGGUUCUGGACCAGGGCACGUGUCGAGACUAUAACAUCCGCUGGUACUACGACAAGCAGGCCAACGCCUGCGCACAGUUCUGGUACGGAGGCUGUAACGGCAACAAGAACCGCUUCGACACAGAGGAGGAAUGCAAGAGGACGUGUGUGAUCGUCUGAUCCCCCGGAGGCUGAGUGAAGGCAUCUGCCGUACAUCUGCUGCAGAUGCUUCAAGGAGGGGCAGCUAAUACCAGCUAUUUCUCACAGGGUUAUGUAAAGUUUCUGCAUAAUUCUCAGGCUUAUACAAGCACACUGAUGUUCCGUAUCACUGUUAAUUACAGUUCCUGUCUUUGUGCCUCCUCCUAUACACUUUAUGCAAAAUGAUCCUCCUCUAAUUACAGAGGAAAAGAGAGCCCAGCUUUACCUCCGUUGUUGUUUUAAAUCAGCAUCUAACGCAGGAGAAACUCAGGAAUACAGAUGAGCACUCUCGCUGUGUGUGUCCACACAGAAGAUUCACACACCUCUCGGACAUGAUCACGUUUUUCAGUCUGUGAGUGCUGCAAAGAUUGUGAAAAUGUGGACUGAGCAGUAAAUACUCUGUCGGAAUCAUAAAUCAGUCAAUCAAUAUGUCAUAAAUACAUAGUGUAGCUAAUUAUUUCUUUACAUAAUCACUGUAAGGCAUUGUAGUGCUUAAUAACAAGAGCCAAUAACAUGCAACACAAAUGAAGCCUCUCAUUACUUAUAUCAAUAAAAUAUAGUUUGUUCUUGUUUUAUAUAUAUAUAUAUAAAUAUCACUGAUGCUCUGUAACUUCAUGGAAUAAUUUUAUGCUUUUGAAUGUGUUUUUUAUUUUAAGAUUUUCUGAAUGAAAAUGUGAUGUUUUGUGUUUACAUGUUUGUACUUCUUUAUUACCACUAACUGUCGACAUUUGUUCAAGCUGAUGGACUGACAUUUACACACACAUACACACACACACACUGCCCUCUACUGGGUAUCACAUGCUCAUGUUACUGGAGUCAGUACUACAGUACAACAUACUAGAACUGUACUUCCAUUGUUGCUUUGUCACUAUAUUCCCCAGUUGUACUGUAUAAAUCCAUAUUGUACUGUUACAUGGUCAACAUCUGAUGUCCAACAUUCUUAAUAAA